GGCGAGGCCCCGUGGAAAAGGCUGCGCGUCCUCACGGCUUCGUCCAGCCACGGCGCUGCCGCGGCGCCACAGCCCAUGCAGCGGGGCUCUUUGGCGGCAGCGGAGCUGGACACCGGAGGAGGCCGCCCUACGGGGGGGUACGAAGCCCCCGGCCACGGGGCAGCUGCGACUCCGCACGCGGCGACCUGGAGCGCAGAGGACUACGCCCGGCUGGCGCACCAGGUGGCCGCGGCGUCUUGGGCGGCGCAGCCCGGAAAAGUCCAGCAGGCGCCCCCUAGCAGCGCUCCUGAUACCCCCUGCAUCGGCAGCGCAGGCGCGGGCUUUCCCCAGGAUGCUCACCAGGCGGAGACGGCGGGCUUGGUGGACCCCCUCUUCCCCGAGUUCGCUCGGAUCUGCGGGCAGGGGGGCGAGGUCGGUGGGCAGGGCGCCGGCCAGGAGGAGGAGAAGCGGUACGAUCGGUUCCUUCGCCUCCUGCCGGACGGCAGUUUGUCGUCUGACAG